AUGCCAACACCCCGGUAUUUUGCCCAAGCCCCGGCCUUCCCUGCCGAGACUCCCGUCGCGAGGCUGCCGACUAUCUCGCUUCAAGGACUACAGAGUGGGAGCUCCACUGAAGGACACAAGUUGUUCGAAGCUUGCAACCGUCCUCCACGGACUAACGCCGGUCCGAUUGAAUCUAAGCGCACCCAACUCCAAGAGUUUAUUCGACACUGCUCUGCAGCAUUGGCGGUGAUUCUAGGUGCGCUGGACGGUCAGAUCGGCCUGGAGCAGGGCACACUGGCUGCACUCAGUCCACUGGACGACGAGUCCGAGACCUCCGUGCGUCUUCUCUGUAGUCCGCCUCAGUCUGCCCCAGAAUAUGAUCGCAUCAGCCUGGGCGGACACACCGAUAUCGGUACCAUGACAAUCCUGUUCCACGUGGUGGGCGGACUCCAGAUCCUUCCGGAUGGGAAGGAAAAUGUGAUGGAGAACUGGGAGUACGUACGACCUGAGCCGGGCUGUGCGCUGGUGAAUGUGGGCGAUACGCUGGUGGAAUGGACGGGCGAACUGCUGCGUAGCUCGUUGCACCGGGUGAUGACAGCCCCCGGAGAUCAGGCAUUGGUGCAGCGCCAAAGCGUGGCGUACUUAGUUCGGCCUGCCCAGAAGGCAUCUAUGCGACGCAUUCGGGGUGGCAAGAUUCCUCCAUUGUCCGAAGGGGAAGAGGAGGAGAUACGCCCGGUGAAUGAGUGGGCAGGUUGGCGGUCACGGCAGAUUAUGCUGGGCCACUUGAAGCCCCAGAGUCGCGGUGGAAAUGUGGCGGUCAGCGAAUGA